GCUGCGAUGCGAGGAGGUGGUGGGAAGCAUGGGAGCUGCUGGGUGUUUUAAUCGUCCCGUAAAUGUUCGCAACAGAGGCGUCGUCGUGGCUUCACACACGGACAUCGGUUUAGUUUCCAUUGCGCCGGGUACGAAUGUGAUACCCGGACAUCACCAAACUUCCCUGUGCAACUCCACGUCGCCACCGCGCCUAGCAUGCUAACAUUUAGCGUUCAUUUUGACGUUCGGCAGCGUUAUUGGCGUUAGCUCCCAACUGCUCUCGUACGGCGUCAGACGAGUUUGUCGGGUGUCUGUGACGCUGCGCCAUCGUUGCAUCUACAAACUAUGUUCUGCUGCCCCCCCCCCCCCCGACAAGCUUUCCUGCGACAACGCACAUCAGCGAGGACACGGGUUGACAGCUAGCGUUAAGUUAGCUAGCCGCUAUGCUAGCAGUGUUAGCAGCCUUUAGCUCGGCGCUAGCAUCAAGCUGUCUGCCGAUGAGGAGCGACACUUGUUAUACUUGUACAUGUGUGAGUUUUAGUCGAGAGCGUACUUUGUAAAAAGGUGUGGGUUACCUGCUGUUACCUGGAUACCUCACUCUUUUAUACAGUUCAAACUAGGGGCAGGGCGAUAUGGCCUAUAAUUAAUAUCGCGAUAUAUUUUUUGUUAUAUCGCGAUACACGAUCUGUAUCGUGAUGCAUUUUAUAAAUCUCAUCUAAAGCACUUCACAAAUGCACAAUUCAACCAUUUGAUGCACACAAUCACACCAGUGUGAUGCUAUUUGUCGUCCCUGCAACCCAAGACAUUCUUUAAUCUGAGAUUAUAUUCAUUUAUGGUUUCUAUUGGGACAAAGCAAGUCUUGCGCCUAAAAGACAUUUCAUAUUUCGCGGUAAUCGCGAUAUAGUCAUUUAAUACAUCUCAUGUGCAACAGGCCGUGAUACAUCGAAUAUAUAUUCAAGAUCCCCUAGUUCAAAAACGACACAUUAUUAAUUGGAAAGGGGCCCCUGGCUCAUCACAUGGUGCCUGCGGUGAAGUCAUUGUGCUGGCCUGUUGCUGGCAGUUGAUGUUGCGUCACCAUCCCUGUAUGUACUUACUGUCUGUGAUGGCUAUUCCACCAAUACCUAGACUAUAAAGGCAGGUACGUGUGCUGAAAUGAAGAUGCCUUUUGCAAACGUUGCCGCGGGUACUGGAUAACCUGCAGCUAUGAUUGAUAUAUAUGUAGAAAGGAAGUCCCUGCCAGGAAAUGGACCUCCUGUUACGCAUCAAGUCUUGUUGCAGUGUGGUUACUGAUUGACGGGAAAUGGCUGUAAUAGGCUGCGUCACAGUAAUCUGCCCAUCCACGGCGAGCUGGUCACUGCGUUUACAACAGGACUAAUGGGCCUCACUGAUCAGAGGAGCAUGCUUCCACAUUAUGCAACGAUUAUGGCACUGGACGUCGGUGCAGUCCUGUUACGGGGAGCUGAUGCAGCCUAAGCGCUCUUGGGAAUGUUUGCAGAUAUAUUGUUGUAGUUUCCAGUGAUUCCUGUGUAGCUAUACUGUAGGUGUGUAAAUGUAUUCCAUGAUCCGGACAGUUAUGCCCCUGGAAUCUAUAAACCCCGGCGAUGCCUUCAAGCUGGGCAUUUUAGGAAGUGUUCAAAAGAGGUCCCUGGAUGCCCCGCGGCGCACCGUCCUCCGCCACCCAGUGCUUCCCAAUGGCCGGCAGUUGACCCCGCCCACCACGAUGACGCUGCGCGAGCAGCUGAGAGAGAAGAUCUCGGCGGCCUUCUACCGCCACGGGCUGCUGUGUGCCUCCUACCCAGUACCCAUCAUCCUCUUCACGUCUGCCAGCAUCCUCACCUGCUGCUAUCCGUUAUUGAGGCUUCCCCUGCCUGGGACGGGUCCCGUGGAGUUCACCACAGGGGUACGAGACUACAGCGUCCCUUCCCAUGAGCCUCUGGGAGACCUCGGGGAACGGCCCGACUGGUACCGGGGGCCUCCGGUCGCCUACAUCCAGCAGGUGUUGGUGAAGGCAGCGGUGUCUCCAUGGGACAGCAGCCUGGUGCCGGUGGACAUGUUCCGGUCGCCACUGGGCCGAGUUUUCACCUUGCUGGAGGAGAUUCGAAACCAUGUCCACUCUGACAGCUCCGGGGUUCGUAGUCUAGAGACGCUGUGUCUCCAGGUGACAGACCUGUUUCCAGGGUUACGGCGGAUGCAGUCGGUGCUUCCAGAGCACGGCUGCCUUCUCGUUUCCCCCGGCAACUACUGGCAGAACCAGCGGGAGCUGUUCGACUCGGACCCCGACCUCCUCAAGACCAUCCAGAAGCACGAACCCAAAGGCCUGCACACCUCGGCCACACUGCGAGACCUGCUGUUUGGCGUCCCUGGAAAGUACACGGGGGUAAGUCACUACAACAGGAAGAGGGUGGUGACGUACACAAUCACCGUGGUGCUGUCCAGCUACGAUGCAAGGUUCCUGGGAAGCCUGCGGACGCGUCUGAAGCAGCUCCACCCGUCGGUCAACUGCAGCCUGAGAGACGACCACAUGGUUCACGUCCACUUCAAGGAGGAAAUCGGCAUCGCCGAGCUCAUCCCCCUCGUCACCACAUACAUCAUCCUGUUUGCCUACAUCUACUUCUCCACACGUAAGAUCGACAUGGUGAAGUCCAAGUGGGGCCUGGCUCUGGCUGCUGUGGUCACAGUGCUCAGCUCUCUGCUCAUGUCGGUGGGACUGUGCACACUGUUUGGACUGACGCCCACGCUCAAUGGAGGGGAGAUUUUUCCCUACCUGGUGGUGGUGAUCGGCCUGGAGAACGUCCUGGUCCUCACAAAGUCCGUCGUCUCCACACCUGUUGACCUGGAGGUCAAACUCCGCAUUGCUCAGGGCCUUAGUAAUGAGAGCUGGUCUAUCAUGAAAAACAUGGCCACUGAACUGUGCAUCAUCCUCAUCGGAUAUUUCACUCUGGUGCCAGCCAUCCAGGAGUUCUGUUUGUUUGCUGUUGUGGGGCUGGUGUCCGACUUCUUCCUCCAGAUGUUCUUCUUCACCACAAUACUGUCGAUAGACAUCCGCCGCAUGGAGCUGGCUGACUUGAACCGCCGCCUGCCAGCAGAGGCAGGGCUGCCUCCGCCCAAGCCGGGCCUGCUGCGUCCACGCGAGGUCCCCCCUCCGCCACGACCCUCCCCGCACACCAUCACCCUGCAGACCCCGGCCUUCCGGAACCUAAGGCUCCCCAAGAGGCUGCGUGUGGUAUACUUCCUGGCCCGCACACGCCUGGCCCAGCGUAUCAUCAUGGUUGGCACGGUGAUCUGGAUCGGCAUCCUCGUCUAUACCGACCCAGCCGGGAUCCGCACCUACCUGGCUGCGCAGGUGUCGGAGCAAAGCCCUCUGGGAGAUCCCGGAGGAGGUGGCCUGCCCCCGCACCUCGGCGUGGCCCCCGUCUUCCGCGGUGGCGAUCCCACCAGCACCCUCAGCAUCCACCCUGCACCAGACCCGACUCCCUUACCAGAGAACCAAUCACAGGGCCACCAUGGCUCGGCCAGGGCAGGGCCCCUCCCCCAGGCCCCGUCCGCCGUGCCUCAGAUCACCUGGGGAGCGGAGGACGAGGAGGGCUGGAGGAGACUUUCCUUCAGACACUGGCCAUCGCUCUUCAGCUACUACAACGUCACUUUAGCCAAGAGGUACAUCAGCAUCCUGCCCAUCAUUCCCAUCACCGUUCACCUGAGCCCCCACGAGGCAAUCGAGACGCGUCACCCUCAGGACCCAAGACAUCCUCCGCCACCCAUCCCCCCAAGGGUGUCUGCGGAUCUACAGACCGACCUCACCCUUUACAAGGUGGCGGCUCUGGGCUUGGCAGCCGGCGUCCUGCUGGUUCUGCUCCUCUUCUGCCUCUACCGGGUUCUCUGCCCGCGAAACUACGGUCAAAACGGCGUGGCACACGGGCGCCGGCGCCGAGGGGACCUGCCCUGCGACGAUUACGGCUACUCGCCCCCCAUCAGCGAGAUCUCACCGCUACUGCUGAGGGGCCACAGCAUGGAUAUCGAGUGUUUGGCCAGUGACGGGAUGCUGCUGGCCAGCUGCUGCCUGGCCGGACAGAUCCGUGUCUGGGACGCUCAGACCGGGGACUGUCUGACCGUCAUCCCAAACCACGGGCUGAGACGGAGCAGCAGCAGUGGCUGCUGGGAGCAGCGGGACGGUUGGGACGGCACGAAUGGAACCGCAGAGCCGGAGGGUUUGGGCUCCGACGGUUGCGACCGCUGUAACACCAGCGGCGACGGCCAAUCCGAGGACGAGGCGUAUCCGCUGAGACGCCGCUCCGCUCCCGCCCGGCCCACUCUGUUCACCGACCAGCCCGAUCUCACCCCGCUCAUCGACACCAACUUCACCUGCCAGCCGCCCUCCCACCUCGCCGCCCCGCCCGUGGGAGGAUUCGACUUUGGAGGUCUGGUGGAGCGCGCCUACAUGGAGCACGAGCCCCCCUCGCCCUCUGGCCACCCCUCCCCUUCGUCGGCCUCCUCCUCGCCGCCCUCAGGAGGACAGCUCCAGAGAAGACCCAGCUUUGGGGACGCAGUCGGCCCUUUAACCCAGGGAAGGGUCUCGACAGCGGGGACGCAAGCGACGGCCGACUGGGAAAGCUCCGUCUGGGCCAUGGAGCUGAGAGGAAAUCUGAUAGCUGCUGGGAGAAGCAGUGGUAAACUGGAGCUGUGGGACGCCGUGGAGGGGUCGUUACGCUGCAAUAAUGAAGACGGCGUCUCGGGGAUCACAGCCCUCGCCUUCCUCAACAACAGAAUCGUAGCGGCUCGACUCAACGGGUCUCUGGACUUCUUCACUGUGGAGAUAAACAAACCUCUGGGUUUGCUGCAGUACAGAGGUGCCCCUGGGCGAGGCAGCGUGCCCCCGUCUCCCUGUUACAGCAGCGAGGAUGCCAUCAGCCUCCAGCUCACGCGCUCCAUACAGUGUGCUCACCAGAAGCCCAUCACGGUGCUGCGAGCGGCCGCCGGCAGGGUCGUCACCGGCAGCCAGGACCACACCGUCCGGGUUUAUCGUCUGGAGGACUCGUGCUGCCUCUUCACCCUACAGGGUCACUCAGGAGGGAUCACAGCCAUCUACAUUGACCAGACGAUGGUUCUGGCGAGUGGUGGGCAGGACGGCGCCAUCUGCCUAUGGGACGUCCUGACAGGCAGCCGGGUCAGCCAUGUUUACGGUCACCGCGGCGACGUCACCUCACUGGUCUGCACCACCUCUUGUGUCAUCAGCUCAGGACUGGACGACCUCAUCUGUGUCUGGGACCGCAGCACCGGGAUCAAGCUCUACUCUAUACAGCAGGAGGUGGGCUGCGGGGCCAGCCUGGGGGUGAUCUCCGAGUCCCUCCUGGUGACGGGGGGCCAGGGCUGCGUCUCCUUCUGGGACCUGAACUUCGGCGACCUGCUGCAGACCGUCUACCUGGGCCAGAGCAGCGAUGGCCAGGGCGUCCGGCAGCUGCUGGUGCUCGACAACGCCGCCAUCGUCUGCGACUUCGGCAGCGAGCUCAGCCUGGUGUACGUGCCGUCGGUGCUGGAGAAGCUGGACUGAGGUCGCGGCGGGUCGGAGCGCUGUCGUCCUCCUCCGGCACCGGACGCGACUCGGUCAGGAGAGAGACCCGACGUGAACUCUUUUCGUCGGAAGGAGGGGAGUCGCCCUCCACACUGUGGACAAACCGCUGGACGUUCCUCCGGCCGUCACCACUUUGUGCUUUUUGUUUGCUCCCGUUUAGUUUUUUUCGUGGCCCUCUAUGCUGCUGACACGGGUGGGGGUUUACAGUGAACCUCCUCCCCCCACCCGCCCGGAGAGGAAGAUGAAUCCUUCUCCUUAUUUUUUUUUUUUUGAUAUUCCCGCUGCCUCGUUCGCUCGAGCGCAGCCGGCGCAAGCUCGAUGGGACUUACACCCUGUCCUUCUACGUAAGUGUGUGUGUGUGUGUGUGUGUGUGUGUGUGUGUGUGUGUGUGUGUGUGUGUGUGUGUGUGUGUGUGUGUGUGUGUGUGUGUGUGUGUGUGUGUGUGUGUGUGUGUGUGUGUGUGUGUGUGUGUGUGUGUGUGUGUGUGUGUGUGUGUGUGUGUGUGUGUGUGUGUGUGUGUGUUCGUGGAGAUUGAAUGAAUGGCUCUUUUUAUGGCGAAACACUGCUGAGAACAAAAAGUGGUUGUGAGCGAGGUGUGUGUAUGUGAAGGAGAAGUGAUGAUUACUGUAAUGUUUUAUAUGUAUAAAUCUAUUAUUUAUUAGCGUUACUUUUUUGGAAUAACAGUUUCCUUAUUAAUCCCUGCUCUUAAAACGAGAAUAAUAAUAAUGUGGACAUAAAAUGUAAGACGGUGAUUUGUUUGUCGGGUGUUGGGGCACUGGUCACAAAAGUGAUCGUUCACGAUGGUGAAUUGCUGUAAUGGAGGCGGGGGGCCGCAGAGGGUCCUCAUCUAACCCCCGGCCUCGGCCUCUGACUCUGGGGUUACUGUUGCUGUACGAGCUGCCUCCGUCGGGCGGCCUCCAUUUUUACACACUGUUUGAAUUUUAGUUGACAACACUGACGUUGUCCCGCGGAGGCUGUCACUGGCUACUUUGUGUUUACUUUGGCUACCAUGUAUGUAUGUGUGUGUGUGUGUAUAUAUAUAUACAUAUAUAUAUACAUACAUACACAUAUAUGUGUGUAUAUAUAUACAUAUAUAUAUUGGGGGGGUUGUUUUAGGUUUUUUUUAUAAAUUGUGCCCUGAAGAGAUUUCUUGUUUUGUUUAAGUUGCGGUUCCACUUGAACUUUUCCAUUUAGAAAAGCAGAAAACGUCUCAGCACAUUUUCUCGCUUUCGCCACGUCGUAGACGUGAGACGGGAAAUGUGACCAAGUAGCCGCACUGCAAAAAGUUUGAUCGCCAAGGAGCUUUAAAUUUCCACGAGCUUCACAUUAUACACAUAACUCAAAAUAAUGAUAAGCCGUCACAGGACAAUGGAGGAAGGACUGUAAGGUGAACGUAUGCUGCCUAUUGUAAUUGUUUUAGUUUUGUGUCGUAAUAAUUCUACAGAUCUUUUAAUUUUUGAGACCAAUAUUCUAAUUGUCUCAACUACGAGCGGUUUUAGCGAUGAGCGUUCCUGUUCACGUGACUGAUGAUGGCCAAGAGCGAUUCACAGUUGGUGAAAGAUUAACAUUCAAUUUUAAUUUCCGGCCCGCCACACACGCCUUCUUUGGCACUUGGCAACCCCCUUACCUUACAGACUUCUACCGGCCUCCAUUUUGACUUUGACGUCUGCUCCUGACCGGGCGUAAUAUUUACGUCUGAGUGAGGAGAAAUUCUGAAGACCCUCAGUGGACUCGACAGUCCCAAAAUUACACACACUCAUAGAUAUCAGUCCCCUACAUAUGCACAUUUUGCCCCGACCACCAACAUCCAGAAUGUAGUUCCUCCGAAUCAUCCACUGUCUACCGUUAAUGUGCGUCUAUUGAAUGUAAGUCAAACAAAUCGGUUGACGAACGCAAAAAGAAAAAAACGGCGACCAAAUCCUUCACAGUAUCGUAUGGCAACACAAAUUCAAUGCACUACUUACCCCAUCUGACGCUCGCACGAGCGUCGGCUGGCCUACGUAACGAUGUUGGACGUAACAGUUACUAGACUAAACGAGCAUCUGUAAUCUCUUUGGCACUGUAACCGCGUCCACGGUUUUAGCUUUGUGUUUUAGAAAUGUGUAGUCUUUAGACUUUUUUGUUUUGUUUCCUUACUUGUUUUUCUAGCAAACCACGGCAUUGAAAAAAGAAAAAAAAACCCCGGCGAUGUGAAUUUGAGUUAAAGCUUAAAGUUAGACAUUCUGCUAAAUAACGCUUUCAGGCAAAGGGUCCAUCGAGGAGAAGCCUGUUCGGUUUACAGUCAUGUCAAGUCCCGCCUCCUGCGGGGCAUCUACAGAAUGUUCCGGCGUUUGACUCGGUGGUGGUGGGGGGGGCGACAAUCCCCUGCUGCCUUCGUCACAAGUGAACCAUUACACUCCGGGAAAAUGUCUGGGACUGAAUUUUUCGGGACAUUUUUCCGUAGUUCCAUGUCUGAAAACGGUCUGAUAAUUCCGCAUAAAUGUGUUUUCUGUUUGACCCCAGUCUCUGGUCUUUGUGCCGUUUGCUGCACCGCGUAACUCUGACCUCAUGGAUGUUGCUCUGGUUGGGGUUUUUAAAAACAAUCUUCAGCCUUGUAAAACGAAGACGGGACAGUUUCGAAAGGAAGCGACAACAUUUUCUAACAGGUCGUCAGAAAUUGUGAUUUAAUUUUUUUUAGCUGGACGAUUAAACGAUGACUUUCAUCAAGCGCUUAACGGGUGCGUAGGUUUUUCCUCAAAGACACCGAUCAGGGUCGACGAGCAGCGUCUUUUUAUAAAAAAACAACGCUUUUGUGGCACAUGGUGCAACACUUGCUCAUUGUAGGCGUGAUGUCGAUCUUUUCGUCCAGCUGACUCGCAGCCAGGAAGCUAAUUCGCACAUUUCCCAAAAAUGUGGAUUAGCUUCUAAAUGAAUGUGUCGGUUCGUCCCGUAUGGAUUUGUAACCACGAGUAGGACCGAGCUCGUUGUCGCCGCUGGGCCUCGUCGGGGGUCAGUGGACGCAGCCGUGACCAACUUCUUCUCGCUUCAGCUGUCGGGGGAAGAGAAAAAGGAACAUUUCCUGGGCAGCAUCCUCACAAAAAAUGGAAUGUUCCACAUCUCUUCCUCUCUGGGCUGCGUAAACGACGACGAAUCACAUUCCCCACUGUUCACGCGACUAAUGAAAAUACGAUUUUGGAAACAAAAGCUUGGGAAUCAAAAGCCCGUCUCCUCCCCUGAUGGAGAGAACUUCUUUUACUGUUUUGUAACAACAACAAAAAAAUGCAAGACUUUGUACUAACUUUCAAAUAAAGAGGCUUUGAUACAA